UACCCACAAUUCCUUUGUGUGUUCCCGCGGUAAAGUCAUGAAAGUGUGCCUGUGGUCCGUCGUACGAUUUUUGGGUCAAAUGCACGGAAUUUAAAUAGACAGGUGCGAGUGGAUGAAUAAAAUGGCUCCACACAGACACCCCCAUACCAGAUCUGUCCAGCGGAACCCAAAAUUCGAGCAACUCCAGGCCGAUCAUGAACUAUUUCUUCAGGCCUUCGAGAAACCAACUCAAAUUUAUCGAUUUCUCCGAACAAGAAAUCAAAUUGCACCAAUCUUCCUUCAUCGGACAUUAAGUUACAUGCCCCAGAGAUGCCUAAGGACCAGCAGAAGGAAAUCAUUCAAAUCGGAUAAUUUACUUGAGAAGGAAGAAGCCAAGCUGAAACGAGCUGCAUCCGCAGAGAGAACACAAGGAGAGUAUAUGAAUAUAUUUUUCAAUGAAUUCCACCAAACAAGAGAGUUGACUAGUGAGAGCUUUGUAUCUGUGGAGGCUGUCCUACUCAAAGUUUGCCACAAAAGAAGAAAGGAUGUAUCAUCACCAGUCAAGCAAGUCUCUCUUGGCAGGCAAAAGGUUCCUGUCAACGGCAUUUCCACGGCGACGGCCCAUGACCAAACCCCGUGCCUGUCGGUCCCCAGCAGUACUUUCAGCCCUUCCAAUGGCCAGACGGUCAAGUCCUUCAUAUUGCUGCUGAGGGUGCAAGGUGAAAGGUCGCUUGGCCGGGACUACUCCAGCAGUGAUAAUCUAUGCAACGGAGAUGUGAGCGAGGAUCAGGACGAGCAGCCGACAAAACGGCGACGGCUGAUUCGCCGAGACCACGCACCUGGCCACACGGACACGUUCACCUACACCUCUGAGCUGGUGGUGUUGGACAGGGAGAACUGCCUACUGACCAAUGGAGACUAUGAGGUCGCCAUGCAAGAGGUCAGGCCCAAGGUCACCACCAACGGCAGGCAUGCAUCGUGGGAAACGCUAAUGGAUGGAAAGCCUGUAGUCCCCUUUGAGUCUUUCCAAGACCAGCCCACCUUGAAGUUCCACCUCAAGUGGAGUGAGACCGCGCUGCGCUCUUCCAUGCACCUUCAGCCGUCGUCCAGUCACCACAAGGCCACCUCGCUUUCAAGUUUGGGGACCUUGGCCAGUAGCUCCAACGGCCUUCCCUCCCAGCUAGCAGGCAGCAGUAACGGCAUCCCACUGCGAGAAGAUGCCAGUAGUGAAUCAGGCUCUGGGGACGACUCUGCAAAAACCACCAAUCAUCGGUCCCCGGUUCGCAUCAAUGCUUCCAAGAGGGAUCCCACUUCUGCCACCGCUGCAGACAGUGACGCCAACCACCCGCAGCACGUCUUCUACCAGUUCCUGUACAACAACAACACACGGCAGCAGACAGAGGCCAGGGACAACAUGCUGUGCCCCUGGUGCUCCAUCAACUGCCGGGAGCUGUACAGCCUGCUCAAGCAUCUCACCACCUGUCACAGCCGAUUCAAUUUCACCUAUGUGCCUUGUCCAAAUGGAGCCAGAAUAGACGUGACAAUAAAUGAACACUACGACGGGUCGUAUGCAGGAAACCCACAGAACCUUACAUCUCACACAGGCUAUGCAUUCCAUCGGAACGGUCCGUGCAGACGAAGCCCGGUCACCCAGAUCCUGGUUGUCAAAUACACUAAGCGACCCCUCGGAACUCUUGCUGAAUUCCAGGAAGGAGAGAACAAAGACUACCUCAUCACCAGACCACAAAUCUCAGGGCAUAAUAGAAUGUACUAUCACACCCAUUCGCUGCAACCAAUCAGACCUCAAGAGAUGGACUUGGACAGCGAGGAUGAGAUUGACCCUCUCUGGCUUCAGCAGAGGACAAGCAUGAUGAUUGAUGAAUUUACUGAUGUCAAUGAGGGUGAGAAAGAACUGAUGAAACUCUGGAAUCUUCAUUGUAUGGAACACAAUUUCAUAGCAGACAGCCACAUCCCGCUCGCUUGUCAGCUUUUCAUUGAGAAGCGAGGCCGGGAACUCCUCCGCCGCAACCUGUACCGUAACUUCCUUCUUCACGUGGUCAAUAUGUACGACUUCAGUCUCAUCUCGCAGUCUGUCAUCGUGCGCACCAUGUUGCAGCUGGACCGCCUCAAGGAGACCAUCACCAAGGAACGGAGGGAGAUGGAGGCGGUCAUCAAGGAGGAGCCCAAGGAUCCGGUGGCCGUAGCUUUGAAGGAGGAGAAAGAUGGAGCUGAGAGCUUUACAGAUGCCAUGGAGGAUGUGACCAAGAGUUGAAGAGGCAAGGCAGGAUGUGACGGAGACGGUUGCUGAGGAAGAACCAGUGGUUGCCAAGCAACCAAGGAGGCUGCUGAUACAGUUGGAGAACUUUUAGGAGGCCAAAGUUGGAGCCUGGCCACAUUGAAAAAUGAAGCCAGGAGACUUUUUUAUUUCCAUAAUACCAAAGGUGCCAAGUAAAACGUCAUAGAUUGCUAUGGCAACAAACAAGAUAUGUUACUUGAGUGCUGGGAGAUGCUUGUGGAGGAUGUAGAUGGAAGCUACUGACUUACCAGUGCAUUGGACGAUGUUCUGAGAAGACUUGAAAUCCUGUUUGUUCAGACAAUGGCAUCACUGUAGAAAGGGGAAACGUUGGCCUGUCCACCAUCAUUUACUUGAAAACCUGGCAUGCUUAAGAAAAGCCUGUCCAUUUUUAUGUAGUUUUCUAUCGCAACCAUAAGACACCUCAGUACAAUGCAUCUGUUAAACGUUCAGUGCAGAAAAAGAGUUGUGUCAAGAAUACAGAUGGCGAUGCACCACUUCCAUGCAUGAAUUUGCCUUCAGCAGUGCAAAUUUUCCCAUGCUGGUAGAAUUGGGUUUUUACACACCCAGUUGAAAGUGGGUGAGGAGACUGCUGCUAUUUCCCAAAUUUUGGCUUUGUUUUUGGCCGUGUCUGCCUGUGAUGCCAAACUCAUUUUCGGACAAUACUGGCGAUUCACAAGAGUAUGUCUCCAAGAAAUUGCAACAUGUUGAUCAAUCACAAGGUGCGAAAUCUGCGGACCGUUUCCAAACGUGCCCUAUGUCAACAGACUUCACGCACUGUGAUUAGUCAACGGGUUGCAAACUCUUAGAGGGCACACUAUUGUGAAAUGCCCGUAUUACUGUUAGAAGUGAUGGUAAUGCAUCAACUCCAAACUUUGAUAGGAGAUUUGAAAUUUUUCGUGCUCUGGAAAACGGAAACGUUGCACCGAAGUGUCACGGUCUUGGGCAACUUAAGUUGUGAAAGUGAUGUCUGGAAGUCAUCAAUGGAAGUCACCGUUCAGCAGUGUUAGCCGCUUCCCAUAGACAUGCAUAUGACAUGGCGAAGACGACCCAGCCACCACUCAUUUGCACAGCUCAGUUUGAGAGAAAUCUGCAGUCGGAGAACGGUGGGAGGUCAGAGGUUUAAUUCUGCUUUCCUGACAUGUUGAAUGGGUUAAUAUUUUUCCAGUUACAGUGAUUGGUCGUGAAUGUCACAAAGGAGACCCUUUAUAACUCCGGUGGGUCAUUAUCAAGGCAGGUGUAUGAGACAUAACAUGGUGGGUGGGGGUGUUUGAGGGACCCCCCCAUCCCCUUGUAGCUGCAGUUUGGAACUUCCCUACUGAUGAGGCCAAGAAAAUGCUGAAAUGAAGCUCGUGUUGUGUGAGAAAUAAUUGGUGUUUCUACAAAACCAACUGAUAGUACACAUAUUCCUACAGCAACUCAGGUUCUGCCAGAUAUUUUUAAUGUCUAAAAGUGCCUUACAUUUUAUCCAUCUUCGCUCUCUAAAAAAUUGACUUUUUCUUUGGUUUCUUAGAUUGUAAUUCUGUCUUUGAGUUUGACUGUCAUUGCAUUAUUUCUUGUCUCAAUCACUGGCUGCGUGUUUCUGAUGGCAUCUUAGUGCUACACAGGUAUACCUGUGAGCCAACAGUUGUUCUUGUAUUGUUGAUUUCGAAGAAAUAUUCUGCAGCCAAAUCGUAAAAAAGCCACUGAGCUCACAAAGUGCAUCUGUAGUCACUUGCUAAUACUUUGCAUUUGCGAAGAGGACCGAGGUGAGAAGAAUAUUUUCAUUUCAAAAGAAUUGUUUGCCUCGAGAAGAAAGUUUCUUUGCAGGAAAAAUUUAGGCAUCCUUUCCUUUUUCAAAAGAGAAGGCUAAGCUUUGCAUUUGUUUUUUUUAUUCGUCAUAAAAUUAAAAAUAAGUAGCAAUUUUUGCUGAUAAUGUUCCUAAAAGAAUUUCAAAUGUAAAGUCAACCCAUUAUUUGAAGCAAAUUGGAGGCCUCUUGCUUGUAUUAUUUUGUACAUUAUAUUUUUGUCGCUGUAUAUGUACUUCAGUAAAUCUUUUUUUACUGCACAUUAUGGUACGAGUAUGGUCUGAACAUUCAAAUUUGAACGAAUUACAUGAAAAACCAAUGUCUGAGAUUUGUUUUGUAUUUUUCGUAUUUUUCGUGUGUUAAUUAGUAGAGGUGAAGAAUGGAGCAAAAAAGUUGAAUAAAAUAUCACGUUUUUGCAAUAAA